UUGCGUCAGUCGAAAAUAUCGUUUCGAUCGUUAAGCACAAAAAAAAGCAAGCUAAAGCUUAUUCCAAAUUUCCAAAGUUUUUUUUCCUAGAUCCUUAAUAAACACACAAAAACAAAAAUGGCUCCCCGCAACAAGGAACAAGAACAAGAAGUCUUGAACUGGAUCUUUGAGGUUUUGGGUGAAAAAGUUCCCAGUGGCCAUUAUGAGGAUAUCUUAAAGGAUGGCAUUGUCCUUUGCAAAUUGAUCAACAAAAUGGCUCCCGGCUCCGUUAAGAAGAUCCAAGAACGUGGCACCAACUUCCAGUUGAUGGAAAACAUUCAAAGAUUCCAAGCUGCCAUCAAGAAGUACGGUGUACCUGAGGAAGAAAUCUUCCAAACUGCCGAUCUCUUUGAACGUCGCAAUAUACCUCAAGUUACAUUGUGCUUGUACUCCUUGGGUCGUACCACUCAACACCACCCCGAAUACACCGGACCCACCUUGGGUCCCAAGAUGGCCGAAAAGAAUGUCCGUGAAUUCACUGAAGAACAAUUGCGUGCCCACAAUGCUGAACUCAACUUGCAAAUGGGCUUCAACAAAGGUGCCUCUCAGUCUGGUCAUGGCGGUUUCGGCAAUACUCGUCAUAUGUAAAUUUUGUAGAGCAGCGCCCCCUUCCUUCAUGGAAAGAAAACACCAUCCCGUAUUCGUUCUAUCACUCACUGUAUACUAUUAAGUCAGCACUUUUCGCUUUUGUUUCAUCGUCGUUCUACAUAUA